AUGGUGUACAGAGGUCUCCGCCUUGCGGCUCGCGCUGCUCCCAAAUUUGCGCUCUACAACAACAAUACAGCCCUGCGACAACUGCCCCUGCAGUUCCAACAUGUGCGGACAUAUGCCGACAAGAUCGUCAAGGUGCCGCAAAUGGCCGAGUCGAUCAGCGAGGGUACUCUGAAGCAGUGGAACAAGUCAGUUGGUGACUUUGUUGAGCAGGAUGAGGAGAUUGCGACCAUUGAGACCGACAAGAUUGAUGUUGCUGUCAAUGCUCCUGAGGCCGGUGUCAUCAAGGAGUUCCUCGCCAACGAGGAGGAUACCGUCGUUGUUGGCCAGGAUCUCGUGCGUAUCGAGCUUGGAGGUGCGCCGUCGGGCGACAAGCCUGCCGCUGAGCCCAAGGAAUCGGCUCCCGAAAAGAAGGCCGAGCCUGAGAAGGCUCCCGAGCCCAAGCAGGAGGAGAGCAAGCCUGCUGCCUCUGCCCCUCCCCCCCCUAAACAGGAGACACCAGAACCCAAGAGCAAGCCCGCUCCAGCGGCCGCCCCUGAGAAGCCCGCCACUCUGGGCAACCGCGAGGAGAAGAGGGUCAAGAUGAACCGGAUGCGUCUUCGCAUUGCCGAGCGCUUGAAGCAGUCUCAAAACACCGCCGCUUCCCUGACCACAUUCAACGAGGUCGACAUGUCAGCUCUGAUGGAAUUCCGCAACAAGUAUAAGGAGGAGGUUCUCAAGAAGACUGGUGUCAAGCUUGGCUUCAUGAGCGCUUUCUCGCGUGCUGCCGUACUUGCCAUGCGCGAUAUUCCUGCCGUCAACGCCUCGAUUGAAGGUCCCAAUGGCGGUGAUACCAUCGUCUACAGGGACUACGUCGACAUCAGCGUUGCUGUUGCUACUGAGAAGGGUCUCGUUACCCCUGUUGUCCGCAACGCUGAGGCUAUGGAUCUUGUUGGCAUCGAGAGGUCCAUCGCUGAGCUGGGCAAGAAGGCUCGCGACGGCAAGCUCACUAUUGAGGACAUGGCUGGCGGCACCUUCACCAUCAGCAACGGUGGUGUCUUCGGUUCCCUCAUGGGCACCCCCAUCAUCAACCUUCCCCAAAGCGCCGUGCUUGGUCUUCAUGCCACUAAGGAGCGCCCAGUUGUCGUCAAUGGCAAGAUUGAGAUCCGUCCCAUGAUGUACCUGGCACUUACCUAUGACCAUCGUCUUCUUGACGGCAGAGAGGCCGUGCAGUUCUUGGUCAAGGUAAAGGAGUACAUUGAGGAUCCCCGUAAGAUGCUUUUGUAG